UUUUAUGGAUCACUGUUCUUAGAGUAAAUUUUAAUAGAGUUGCAGAUCUCUAUGUCUUAAAGAUCAUGGUUAAAGAAUCAAAUUUCCCCUCAUAACAAAGCAGAAGGGCCAUCUUUGCAGCUGUCGCUGAAAUAAACAAACAUAAGAGGUAACUUCGAUUUUACUUCAAUGAAGUAAAUGAAAAUGAAGCAGUGGGAAUCUCAGAAACUAAGGGCUUCAAGUAAAGAAUCUAAAAAGGUCUUUGGCAUCCUGGAGUGCAACACUAGAAUAAUAAUUAAAGGAGAAACUGUAUCUGUAAUCUCUGUAACUAAGGCUUUUAAGUAUUGCCUUCUCAUUCUGGACUUCCAAAGCAGCUUGAGGAAGAAGAAGAUGAGCUACCUUAAGCAGAUGAUUAUGUUCUUUAUUCUCUUCAUCAUGUUAGUAAUAUCAAGAUCAGAUGAAGCUUUUCUUGAGCCCCAAUGGUGCAUAGCAGAUGAACAAACACCAGAUGAUGUUCUACAAGAAGCUCUAGAUUGGGCUUGUGGACCUGGAGGUGCCGACUGCACUUUGAUCCAGCCAAAAAAACCUUGCUUUCUUCCGAAUAACAUGAAGAACCAUGCUUCUUAUGCCUUCAACAGCUACUGGCAGAAAUUCAAAAACAAGGGUGGUUCUUGCUACUUCAAUGGUGCUGCCAUGGUGACAGACCUAGAUCCAAGCCAUGGCCCAUGCCGUAUUGCGGCCCUUCCUUGAUGAGAAGAAGAAAAUCAUAAAGGACAUAAACAAAAACUUUGGUUUGAUUAUUUUUCAACAUGCCAUUUUGACGAAACUUGAGCUUCUGUUCAUCAUACUUGCUAUCUUAUGUAAUGAGUUUGAGAAGUCUCUAAUGUCUGUUUGUCUUCCAAUGCUUGGGUUUGAGUAUUUGUGUGCAUUUCUCAUAUGUCAACAUCCUGUUGGUUAAGUCUCAGUGUCUAUUCCCUGAUGUAAAGAGAGAGAAUAAUCAAAGGAAUUAAGCCUUUUGUUUAGGCAUGAAACAA